AUGUUGCCCGUGUCGAUGUGUCCACGCAGGGAACAUCUCCCAGCAGGAGCGUCGUGCCCUGGCGCUGCCGGUGUUCACGCAGGGGAAACGGGUCGAACCAAUACCUCCCCGGAUGCCGCUGCAAGAACCACAGCCUCCGUCACAAGAUGGGUUACCCACAGUGUGUCCGGCUCUAUUUCAGGCACUCAUGCUGUGGACGUCUCUGCACAAAGAGCGACUGGAGUGGAAGGCACUGCUGUUAACGAGGCGGGUGCUGACGGAAGGAGGUCUCCACAGGCACGAGGUGCUCCCAUUGCCGCUGCUUUGCUUUCUGCACCUGGAUUUGGUAGGACCAGCGAUGGGACACUCGCCGACUGA